GAGUGAAAUAACUGGAGAGAACUGAAGCCAAAGCCCUAAAACAGUAACAGAGAACCCACUUCAACUCUUGGUGUCAAUUUCAGUUUAUAACAACAUGGCAAGAUCGUUGUCCAACUUUAUCUUGAAGGGAAUCGCAGGUUACCCAGUUGGGCCUUCUUCUAGACUUUUAUCUGGAUCCUUUUACCACAAUGGAAUGAAGUACUCUACUUCUGUGCCCAAUGAUCCUGACACACAUGAAGAUUUUAGACCUACUAAUAAGGUUGAGAGCUCUGGCCUUUCUUUAAAGGAUGCUGUUGAAAAGGAUGUCAAAGAAAACCCUGUGAUGAUUUAUAUGAAAGGGAUUCCUGAGAUUCCUCAAUGUGGAUUCAGCUCACUGGCUGUGAGAGUUCUGCAUCUAUACAAUGUUCCUUUAAGUGCUAGAAAUAUUUUGGAGGAUGCUGAGCUUAAAGACGCUGUAAAAGCCUUCAGCAACUGGCCUACAUUUCCCCAGAUUUUUAUUAAGGGAGAGUUUAUUGGAGGUUCAGAUAUAAUUCUCAAUAUGCACCAGGUAUAGGAUUAUUAUUUUAUAUUUAUUGAACAUAAUUUGUACCUUUCCAUGAAAGUGCAACUUUGUUGCUCUAAUACCAUGGUCUAUCCCAUGUAGACUGGCGAGCUGAAAGAGAAGCUCAAAGAUGUUUCGGCGGACAAGAAAUCAGAAUGAAUUGCUGCUGUUGAAUGCAAAGAGUUGGGAUAGACUUAUUAGGUGUUUACUAUUCUCCGGUGUUACUG